CUUUGUCUUUGACUAUCAUAUUCACAGCGCCUUGCGCGCUUGAUAUUGUUUCUCUUUAUCGUCAUCUUGCUUGAAGGCUGCUUCAAAUUAUUAUAUCUGCCGGCUACACCAAUUUCGCUGCCGUCAGCCCUACCCCAAUUCGAAUCAUCUACUUCUUGGCCAACUCAGAUGCACCCACGCAACCCAUACCGCACCCCAAUCGAUUUUACUGCGCUUGCAGAAGCAUACCAUCCACUUCAGUCGUACCUCGUUCGCACCGCAAAUGGCGGUCUUACGCUCGACUUCAGUGAUGCAGAUGCGCAGAUCUGCCUGACGAAGGCGCUUCUUCACCGCGACUUCGGGCUCGACGUGCAGUUGACGCCUGAAAGGUUGUGCCCGCCUGUGCCUAAUCGAUUGAACUACAUCCUUUGGCUGCAAGAUAUCCUUGAAGCGACCCAAGAUGACCCGAGUGGACCCGUUCUCGGCAUCGAUGUAGGUACCGGCGCGUCUGCGAUAUACCCCCUUCUCGGCUGCGCCACAGACGCAAGAUGGGCGUUCGUGGCGACCGAGCUCGACCUGCUUUCGCUGCGCUUUGCUCGCGAGAAUGUCGCGCGCAAUGGGUCGGACAAGCCGUACCAAGGACGCAGUCAACGCAUCGAAGUCCUCCAAGCAUCCGAAGGCGGGCCGCUCCUCCUUCCCCUCGCCGCCUACCCCGACCGCCAAUUCGCGUUCUCGAUGUGCAACCCGCCAUUCUACGAAAGCGCGGAGGAGAUCGCAGCGUGUGCGGCGGGGAAGGCGAGGCCGGCGGUGGGGGCGAGGAGGGCCGGGAGUCGAGGGGUGGCGCGCAACUCAGCGGCCGGUAGCAGGCAGUCUACGCCAGGGCGUGAAACAACGCCGGGAAGGUCGACGCCAAGUAGGCAUACUACGUCGGGCAGUCGUCAAUCGACUCCGGGACCUGAGCUCGCCACCGCGCUCGCUGGUGCGCCGGUCGAGAUGGUCACGCCGGGUGGGGAGGUUGCGUUCGUGGCGCGCAUGGUGGCGGAGAGCGUGCGGUAUGGGGAGAGGUGCCGCUGGUAUACCUCAAUGCUUGGAAAGCUAUCUUCGGUCGCAGAGAUUGUGCGUGUGCUGAAGGAACAUAGGAUUGACAACUACGCGAUUACAGAGCUAGUGCAAGGUCAGACCCGCCGAUGGGCGAUUGGAUGGUCCUUCACAGCGGUCCGCUUGCCUGAUUCUCUCGCGCGCGUCUCAAGUCAGGCCCUUCAGAGCGUCCUGCCACUACGCAACGAGAUGGCUCAGCCUCUUCCGCAACACAUUGCUGUCGACACAUCCUGGAGCGAACGAGUCGAGGCCGCCGUACGCGAGGCCCGCGGAGCGCUCUCUGGCGUCACUGUGCAAACCAACGCGCAAACCUAUGCGCUCACGAUUUCUGCAACGGCGAACACUUGGUCGCGCGCCGCGCGGCGGAAGGCGCAACGGGAAGCGUCCAUGCAGCCUACGCCAGACCAUCACGACGAGCGCCAGCUCGACGUGAUGGUCAGUUGGUCAACUCGCGGCAAGGAGGAGACAGGAUCCCAUCCAGACGCGAUGGACUGGGAAGGACAUGACGAUGCAACUCCGGGAGACGCAGCGGCGGAAUACGCGGUCGAGGGACGUCGAAGCUCAACGGACUCGGCUAUGGAGGUCGACCAUCCGGUUGGUGCUGCGCGCGGUCCGUCCAAGCACGAAGCUGCCUCGCCAAUCCUGCGUAUUCGGUGGAUGCGCGGGAGAGAUAGGACAUUGUUCGAGACGUUCUGGAGUCAUCUGUCUCGCAAAGUAGUUGGUAUGCUGGUGUAAUGAAAGUCGUAUGUCACGUAGUAGCUGGUACAUACUGGCCGGCUCGCUCCCUUACAGAGUCAAUACUUGGGUCUUUAGCGAACAAAAAAGAGCAAGAACCGAA